UGUGAAUCCACGAAUUGGAAGCUCCAGCAAAUCGACUUCCUGCAGUACCCCUUGCGCUUCGAUUGAAACUGCCUCGUAGAACCAAACACAGACGAAACACACACCUCUGGCCGCCUUGACUCGAAUUGGCAGAAUAGGAGUAGCCCUUAAUGACAAACUUCUCGCGACUCCAUGAUUGAUAAAGCUACGAGAGGAGAAUAUGUCAACCUGAGCCAUUACCGCCUCUUCCUGGAUAGUUGUGAUGAGACAAACGAAACAUCCAUUCAAGACGCCGGUUAGGGCAUGAAUAGAAAUCUCUUCAUCAGACUGCUCAUGGUCAUAGUCGGGCAGUCGUCCUCGCCUCCUGGUGUUGUCGUCAUCAUUGCUGGCGGCGCUCGUGGCCUCGGCAGAAGGUGGCUGUGUAUCCACUUUGUUAUGGCGGGGCGUGAUGGCGGAGGUGGGUGCUCACGGGACCUCUUCCCUACGUUGGUGGUCAAACGUUGGCGAUGUCUAUCCUGGGAGCUGCGUAGAGCACGGUUCCGUCGAACCAGGCUCUGAUUCCAAUUGAUGAAUGAUCGUUUCACCCAUCGCGUAAAUCAUAAGAACCAGAAAUUAAAGAGAACAAGAUUAGGUUUUUUUAUUCUUUAUUGAUUGGUUAAAACGUAGAAACAAAGUACAUAUUUAUAGAAGAACGGGAAACCUAAUCACUUAUCAAUCCUACAAGGAUAUGGUAACUUAAUCCUAAAGAAAGUACCUCAAAUACUUAAUUAAUUAAUACAAUUCCUAAACAAUAUCUAAAACCGACUCACAAACUAAUAAUAAUAAUAAUAAUAAUAAAAAGGGCUAAUACCA